AGACUCUUUAUAAAUACAGCUUGACUCAGCCACCGUAUGACUGACUCCCCAGGGACAUGAGGUGGAUACUGUUCAUUGGGGCCCUUAUUGGGUCCAGCAUCUGUGGUCGAGAAAAAUUUUUUGGGGACCAAGUUUUUAGGAUUAAUGUCAGAAAUGGAGACGAGAUCAGCAAAUUGAGUCAACUAGUGAAUUCAAACAACUUGAAGGUCAAUUUCUGGAAAUCUCCCUCCACCUUCAAUCGGCCUGUGGAUGUCCUGGUCCCAUCUGUCAGUCUGCAGGCAGUUAAAUCCUUCCUGAGAUCCCAGGGCUUAGAGUAUGCAGUGACAAUUGAGGACCUGCAGGCCCUUUUAGACAAUGAAGAUGAUGAAAUGCAACAGAAUGAAGGGCAAGAACGGAGCAGUAAUAACUUCAACUACGGGGCUUACCAUUCCCUGGAAGCUAUUUACCACGAGAUGGACAACAUUGCCGCAGACUUUCCCGACCUGGCGAGGAGGGUGAAGAUUGGACGUUCGUUUGAAAACCGGCCGAUGUAUGUACUGAAGUUCAGCACUGGGAAAGGCGCGCGGCGGCCGGCCGUUUGGCUGAAUGCAGGCAUCCAUUCCCGAGAGUGGAUCUCCCAGGCCACUGCAAUCUGGACGGCAAGGAAGAUUGCAUCUGAUUACCAGAGGGAUCCAGCUAUCACCUCCAUCUUGGAGAAAAUGGAUAUUUUCUUGUUGCCUGUGGCCAAUCCUGAUGGAUAUGUGUAUACUCAAACUCAAAACCGAUUAUGGAGGAAGACGCGGUCCCGAAAUCCUGGAAGCUCCUGCAUUGGUGCUGACCCAAAUAGAAACUGGAACGCUAGUUUUGCAGGAAAGGGAGCCAGCGACAACCCUUGCUCCGAAGUGUACCAUGGACCCCACGCCAAUUCAGAAGUGGAGGUGAAAUCGGUGGUAGAUUUCAUCCAAAAACAUGGGAAUUUCAAGUGCUUCAUCGACCUGCACAGCUACUCGCAGCUGCUGAUGUAUCCAUAUGGGUACUCAGUCAAAAAGGCCCCAGAUGCCGAGGAACUGGACAAGGUGGCGAGGCGUGCAGCCAAAGCUCUGGCUUCUGUGUCGGGCACUGAGUACCAAGUGGGUCCCACCUGCACCACUGUCUAUCCAGCUAGUGGGAGCAGCAUCGACUGGGCGUAUGACAACGGCAUCAAAUUUGCAUUCACAUUUGAGUUGAGAGAUACCGGGACCUAUGGCUUCCUCCUGCCAGCUAACCAGAUCAUCCCCACUGCAGAGGAGACCUGGAUGGGGCUGAAGACCAUCAUGGAGCAUGUGCGGGACAACCUCUACUAGGGGAUGGCCCCCCUCUGUCUACAUUUAUUUGUACCCACACGUGCACACACUGAGGCCAUUGUUAAAGGAGCUCAUUCCUUCCUGUGUGAGUCAGAGCCCUCUGGGUUUGUAGAGCACACAGGUCUGCCCCUCUCCAGCCAGCUCCCUGGAGUCAUGUGUCCUGGCGGUGUCCCUGCAAGAAGUGGUUCUGCCAGCCUGCUCAAUUUUGGUCCCACUGUUUCUGAUGAGCCUUUUGUCUGUUUCUGCUUCCACCCUGCUGGCUGGGCAGCUGCACUCAGCAUCACCCCUUCCUGGGUGGCAUGUCUUUCUCUACCUCAUUUUUAGAACCAAAGAACAUCUGAGAUGAUUCUCUACCCUCAUCCACAUCUAGCCAAGCCAGUGACCUUGCUCUGGCGGCACUGUGGGAGACACCGCUUGUCUUCAGGUGGGUCUCAAAGAUGAUGUAGAAUUUCCUUUAAUUUCUCGCAGUCUUGCUGGAAAAUAUUUUCCUUUGAGCAGCAAAUCUUGUAGGGAUAUCAGUGAAGGUCUCUCCCUCCCUCCUCUCCUGUUUUUUGUUUUGUUUUGUUUUGUUUUUUUUGAGACAGAGUUUCGCUCUUGUUGCCCAGGCUGGAGUAUGAUGGCUCGAUGUUGGCUCACCACAACCUCUGCCUCCUGGAUUCAAGCAAUUCUCCUGCCUCAGCCUCCCAAGUAGCUGGGAUUACAGGCGCAUGCCACCAUGCCCAGCUAAUUUUGUAUUUUUAGUAGAGACAGGGUUUCUCCAUGUUGGUCAGGCCGGUCUCAAACUCCCAAUCUCAGGUGAUCUGCCCGCCUUGGCCUCCCAAAGUGCCAGGAUUACAGGUGUGAGCCACCGUGCCGGGCCCCUCCCCUCCUUUUUUAGGCCUGAAUACAAAGUAGAAGAUCACUUUCCUUCACUGUGCUGAGAAUUUCUGGAUACUACAGUUCUUACUCCUCUCCUCCCUUUGUUAUUCAGUGUGACCAGGAUGGCAGGAGGGGAUCUGUGUCACUGUAGGUACUGUGCCCAGGAAGGCUGGGUGAAGUGACCAUGUAAAUUGCAGGGUGGUGAAAUUAUCCCCAUCUGUCCUAAUGGGCUCACCUCCUCUUUGCCUUUUGAACUCACUUCAAAGAUCUAGGCCUCAUCUUACAGGUCCUAAAUCACUCCUCUGGCCUGGAUAAUCUCACCGCCCUGGCACAUUCCCGUUUGUGCUGUUGGUGUAUCCUGUGUUUCCUUGUCCUGGUUUGUGUGUGUGUGUGUGUUUGUGUGUGUGUGUCUGUCUAUUUUGUAUCCUGGACCACGAGUUCCUAAGCAGAGCAAGAAUUCAUCAACCAGCUGCCUCUUGUUGCAUUUCACCUCAGCACGUACCAUCUGUCCUUUUGUUGUUGUUGUUUUGUUUUUGUGUUUUUGCUUUUUCCAAACGUGUCUGUAAAUCUUAACCUCCUGCCUAGGAUUUGUACAGCAUCUGGUGUGUGCUUAUAAGCCAAUAAAUAUUCAAUGUGAGUUUCA